AUGGCCCACCUGGGAGCCCAUUUUGCCUUUAGAUCCCGCUGGCAGAAGACCGAUGAUGAACUCUGUCGACAUAGCAUGUCCUUUAUCCUUCACAAGGCCAUUCGCAAUGACUUCUUUCAGAGCUAUCUCUACCUGCUGGAAAAAAUUCCCCUGGUAAAACUGUAUGCUUUAACAAGCCAAGUCAUUGAUGGUGAGAUGCAGUUCUAUGCCAGAGCCAAACUUUUCUACCAAGAGGUACCGGCCACAGAAGAAGGCAUGAUGGGAAAUUUUAUUGAACUAUCCAACCCAGAUAUCCAGGCCUCUCGUGAAUUUCUUAGGAAAUUUGUUGGGGGGCCAGGGAGAGCGGGCACUGGCUGUGCCUUGGACUGCGGCUCUGGAAUAGGCAGGGUCAGCAAGCACGUCCUGUUGCCUGUUUUCAGCAGCGUUGAACUGGUGGACAUGAUGGAGUCCUUCCUCCUGGAAGCCCAGAGCUACUUGCAGGUCAAUGAGGACAAAGUGGAAAGUUACCACUGCUACAGCCUGCAGGAAUUCACGCCUCACUUAGCAAGAUAUGACGUCAUCUGGAUUCAGUGGGUCUCAGGGUACCUGACUGAUAAGGACCUGCUUGCAUUUCUUUUGCGCUGUCGAGACGGCCUGAAAGAAAAUGGUGUUAUCAUCCUGAAAGACAAUGUAGCACGGGAGGGCUGUAUCUUCGACCUGUCUGACAGCAGUGUGACUCGGGACAUGGACAUCCUCCGAAGCCUCAUCAGGAAGAGUGGGCUGGUGAUUCUGGGCCAGGAGAAGCAAGAGGGCUUCCCUGAGCAGUGCGUUCCAGUGUGGAUGUUUGCCCUGCAUAAUGACAGACGGUCCUGA